UGCACGUGAAAAUGUUGAAAUAAGAAAAAUUCUCACAAAAAACUGUUUUUCUAAUUUAAUCAUCACGAUUUGUAACCAAGAUUGUGGCAAUGUCUGGUGAUCAUGACGUGGCUUCCUCUCAACUGAAAGAAUGCUUAGAUCAGAUAGAGAGAUCGAAAUCUGACAAUGAAAUGUUCGCAGCACUUUUCAUGGUGACAAGACUAGUGAAGGCAGAAGAACGUGACAGUGAAACUAGGAGAAAAAUCAUUGAUGCCAUAGGGUUCAAGUUUAUCAAACGGUUGCUGAAAACAGUAUCCGUGCCUGAUGAUUGUCCAAAGCAUGUCUUCAUGUCAUUGGCAUUGAGUUUGUUGACCAGUUUGUGUACAGGGGAUCAAGAUCUUAUGGGCGACCCAGAACUUCUUGAGCUUGUGCCAGUGAUGAAUGAGUUAUUGACUAUAGAUCUGAGUGAUUCUGAUGACCCAGCGAUGGAUAAAACCAUUGCGGAUGAUGUGAUGCGGAUAUUUGUAAUGAUCGGCGAGUACAGGAUUGGGCAGUUGAAGCUGGUGGAGAGUGGUUCUCUGUCCAGGUUGGCCAUGAUGUAUGUGGACGAUCUUUACGGUGCUAAAACCGCAUUAGAUGUUUUGUUAUCAUUCCUAUCCUGGGCAGAUGAGGUACCAGUCAUGUGGCUCUGUAACAAAGAUGGCUGUCAAGAACUACUCAACAAAAUGGCUGCUGAAUUUAGAAAGGAAAAUGAAUCACCCAAGUUUGAACUCUGUGAGACUCUCUCCAGAGUGGUCUGUUCCUUACAUGGUGCUAAAGAUGCUUUGAAUAUGGAGCCUUGGUCAUCUGAUAUCUACCAUGGGUUAUGUGAUAUUCUCAAGAGCCGAAUAGGAGAAACGCAGCGAGACCCUGCCCUAAAGCUUGCUGCCGCUAUCAUCGAUAACUAUGGCAUUGAAUGGCUCCUGAAAAUGAACGACGAGAAAUUCCUUCUGUUAUUGGUGAACCUAGCAACCAUUGAGGUUAGGAUGAUAUUAGAAUCAGGCCCAACAGAUUCUUGUGAGUUGAUGUCCCGCGGUGGCGUCCUAACCUCCUGCUACACAAUCCUGGAGAAGCUGAUCACCUACAUGAGUCGCGAGGCAGAGCCGCCAUUGACCGGAGUGCUCCAACUCCAGUCAUCCAUCACCGAGGCUUUCAAUGCCGUCCUAUACUUCCUGGAUGCACAUUCUAAUGACAAAACAGUAGAUGAGUGUUUUCUGAUCGCUACCAUCAGGGUACUGGGGGCUUGGCUAGCUGAGGAGACCAGCUCACUCCGGGACGAAGUUUACAAAAUUUUACCAUUUCUUCUUAAUGAAAGCACCAAGAAUUUCAACCAACUAGAAAAACCAGCAGAUGACCACAAAACAGUCCCCCCUGUUGACCUCCUCAGAUUUCUUCUUCCCGGCUUAUGUCAUCUCAGUGCUGAAGACAACCCGAGGAAAAUUCUUAUAGAAAGUGACGCACAUGAACUGCUUGGACAAUAUUUUUCAUAUCAGUGGAAUUCUUUUACGUCAAAACAAACAAAAGAUUCAGAGACGGCUUUGACUUUACUUUGUGGAAUAUUUCUGAAUUUCUGUGUGAUGGAACCUCAGUUGGUUUCAACCCAUGGAGUAUUCAAGGAACUGGCGGUAUUAGUGGUUGCACAAACGCAUACUCUUGCUGGUAACCAGCGUGCCUUGCCUCUCUAUGCCAAUAUGGCCGUCCUGGGCUUGAUGAGUUUACGCUGUCAGAAGAACGACCGCAUACCUGCCGCGACCGUCAAUAAAUUCUUAUCAACGGUGUCCACGUUUAUACAAGAUGCCAAUAUGAUCAAGGGAGAUCAACUCGCCAUGUCAAAAUCGUACAAACUCGUCUGGGAUGACAUUUCUGAGCUAUGGUUUCUUGCAACACAAGAGUUAUGCUGCCUGGUUGAAAAGUACCCAAGUUUCCCAGCAGCGUUGGUGGAUAAUGGUUGGUUGGCUUAUGCGCUGAAGAUGUUCAAACAGACGAGGGGUAGAGGUGCCCAGGAGGAGAUGGUGCCGGCUUAUGAUAGGUUGCUGACGACCAUGGUUUCAGUGAAUGAUCAUGCGAGGACAUUUCUAAAGGACAAUGAUUGCUUGAACAUUGCCAGAUUGUGUGGGAUGGCUAGUCUUAAAACAUGUCUGGACAGAUAGCAGGAGAUUCAGUGAAGGACACUCCUUCUUGAAUCAAAUGUCAGUUGUUGUUGGUCUCACACAUUAAAAGAGAGGAAUCAGGUUCAACUAUGCUGUCGGCAUUUAAAUCACCAUUACAAUGUGUUCAUCCCUUUGGCUCGGGCAUUUCCAGUAGAAGUAUCUCACAAAUGGCUCUACACUCUUACUGAUCAACAUAUAGCUAUUGUGUUACCAAAAGGACUUCAGAUGCUAGCACUGAGAGUGGGAACCAUACAUACAUGUAUCAAAUUGAUAGAAUUGUGUGCAGUUUUUUUCAUUGUAUACUGGUAUCGGCACCAA